GCGCGCUGGAGGUAGGAGGGCGUACUCGGGAUUGGAGGCCAGGGGAGUGCUGGACGCAUCCCUGGCGGCUGGGCUCCCGGCGCCGGCAGUCACCGCCACCGCCAGGCUGCAGAGACAGGGCUGGGUACGCAGUCUUCUUGCCUCUUUCCAGACCUCUAUGAGUGUUAAAUCGCCAUUUAAUAUGAUGUCAAGAAAUAAUUCGGAAGCACCUCCUUGCAAGAUGACAGAGCCAUUUAAUUUUGAGAAAAAUGGAAACAAACUUCCACCACAUGAGUCUUUAAGAAGUCCUGGAGCACUUCCUAACCGUCCUAAUUUCAGGCUGAAAAGUUCAGAGAAUGGAAAUAAAAAGAACAAUUUUUUGCUGUGUGAGCAAACCAAACAAUAUUUGGCUAGUCAGGAAGACAAUUCAGCUUCUUCAAACCCUAGCAGCAUCAAUGGAGAAGUGGUUGGAUCCCAAGGAGACAGGAAAAAAUUGCCAGCAGGAAACGCAGAGUCAUCACCAACUGUUGAAAAUAAUUCACCAAAGGAAGUGAAUACUAAGCCCGAAAAUAAUGUACAUCCUGCAAAGUCAAAAAAAUUACACAAGUUGGUCGAGAAUUCCUUGUCCAUAAAUAAUCCAGGGCUCUUCACCUCCUUAGGACCUCCUCUUCGGUCAACAACUUGCCAUCGCUGUGGCCUGUUUGGAUCUCUGAGGUGCUCUCAGUGCAAGCAGACCUACUAUUGCUCCACAGCAUGUCAGAGAAGAGACUGGUCGGCACACAGCAUCGUGUGCAAGCCUGUUCAACCAAAUUUCCACAAACUUGAAGAUAAUAAAUCAUCUUUUGAAACAAAGGAUGUGGAAGUAAACAAUAAGAGUGACUGUCCACUUGGAAUUACCAAGGAAAUAGCCAUUUGGGCUAAGAAAAUAAUGUUUUCUGAUUUGAGAAGCCUACAACUCAAGAAAACCAUGGAAAUAAAGGGUACAGUUACUGAAUUCAAACACCCAGGGGACUUUUAUGUGCAGUUAUAUUCUUCAGAAGUUUUAGAAUACAUGAACCAACUCUCUGCCAGCUUGAAAGAAACAUAUGCAAACAUGCAUGAAAAAGACUAUAUUCCUGUUAAGGGGGAAGUUUGUGUUGCCAAGUAUACUGUUGAUCAGACCUGGAAUAGAGUGAUCAUACAAGAUGUUGAUGUGCUGCAAAAGAAGGCACACGUCUUGUAUAUUGAUUAUGGAAAUGAAGAAAUAAUUCCAUUAAACAGAAUUUACCAACUCAACAAAAAAAUUGACUUGUAUCCUCCUUGUGCCAUAAAGUGCUUUAUAGCCAAUGUUAUCCCAGCAGAAGGGAGUUGGAGCACUGACUGUAUCAAAGCUACUAAACCACUGUUAAUGGAGCAGUACUGCGCCAUAAAGAUUGUCGACAUCUUGGAAGAAGAAGUGGUUACCUUCGCUGUAGAAGUUAAGCUGCCAAAUUCAGGAAAACUUUUAGACCAUGUGCUUAUAGAAAUGGGAUAUGGCUUGAAACCCAAUGGACAAGAUUCUAAGAAGGAAAGUGCAGAUCAAAGUGAUCCUGAAGAUGCUGGAAAAAUGACAGCUGAAAACAAAAUUGUUGUAGACAAAAGUGACCUAAUCCCGAAAGUGUUAACUUUGAAUAUUGGUGAUGAGUUUUGUGGUGUGGUGGCCCACAUUCAAACACCAGAAGACUUCUUUUGUCAACAACUGCAAAGUGGCCGUAAGCUUGCUGAACUUCAGGCGUCCCUUAGUGAAUACUGUGGUCGGUUAUCUCCACGCUCUGAUUUUUAUCCAGCCAUUGGUGAUAUAUGUUGUGCUCAGUUCUCAGAGGAUGAUCAGUGGUACCGUGCCUCCGUUUUGGCUUACGCUUCUGAAGAAUCGGUACUGGUCGGAUAUGUAGAUUAUGGAAACUUUGAAAUCCUUAGUUUGAUGAGACUUUGCCCCAUAAUCCCAAAGUUGUUGGAACUGCCAAUGCAAGCUAUAAAGUGUGUGCUAGCAGGAGUAAAGCCAUCAUUAGGAAUUUGGACUCCCGAAGCUAUUUGUCUCAUGAAAAAACUUGUGCAGAACAAAAUAAUCACAGUGAAAGUGGUGGACAAGUUGGAAAACAGUUCCCUAGUGGAGCUUAUCGAUAAAUCCAAAACGCCUCAUGUCAGCAUUAGCAAAGUUCUCAUAGAUGCAGCCUUUGCCGUGGGAGAACAGGGGAUGGUGGCAGAUAAACCCAGUGACAUGAAAGAAGCCAGUGUUUCCUUGGGUGUGGAAGGAAAAAUAAAUCCAUUGGAGUGGACGUGGGUUGAACUUGCUGUUGACCAAACAGUAGAUGUUGUGGUCUGUGUAAUAUAUAGUCCUGGAGAAUUUUAUUGCCACGUGCUUAAAGAGGAUGCUUUAAAGAAACUGAAUGAUUUGAACAAGUCAUUAGCAGAACAUUGCCAGCAGAAGUUACCUAAUGUUUUCAAGGCAGAGGCAGGACAACCUUGUUGUGCUUUUUUUGCAGGUGAUGGUAAUUGGUAUCGUGCUUUAGUCAAGCAAAUCUUACCAAAUGGAAAUGUUAAAGUACAUUUUGUGGAUUAUGGAAACAUCGAAGAAGUUACUACAGAUGAGCUCCGAAUGAUACCAUCAUCAUUUUUAAACCUUCCCUUUCAGGGGAUACGGUGCUGGUUAGCAGAUACACAGCCUAAAAACAAGCAUUGGUCUAAAGAAACCAUAGCAAGAUUUCAGAUAUGUGUUACUGGGGUAAAAUUGCAAGCCAGAGUGGUUGAAGUCACUGAAAAUGGCACAGGAAUUGAACUCACUGAUCUUUCCACUUCCUAUCCCUUAAUAAUCAGUGAUGUUCUGAUUGACGAACAUCUGGCUUUACAAUCUGUUUUACCACGUAAAGACUUACCAAAUGACAGACUUGUUAAUAAACAUGAGCUUCAAGUUCAUGCACAGGGACUUCAAGCUACAUCUUCAGCUGAUCAAUGGAAGACAAUAGAAUUGCCGGUUAGUGAAACUGUACAAGCAAAUGUAUUAGAAAUCAUAAGCCCAAACUUGUUUUAUGCUCUACCAAACGGGAUGCCAGAAAAUCAGGAAAAGCUCUGCCUAUUGACAGCUGAAUUAUUAGAGUACUGCAAUGCUCCGAAAAGUCGACCACCCUAUAGACCAAGAAUUGGAGACGCAUGCUGUGCCAAAUACACAGGUGAUGAUUUUUGGUAUCGUGCAGUUGUUCUAGGGACAUCAGACACUGAUGUGAAGGUGCUCUAUGCAGACUAUGGAAACAUUGAAACACUGCCUCUUUGCAGAGUGCAGCCAAUCACCUCUAGCCACCUGGAGCUUCCUUUCCAAAUUAUCAGAUGUUCACUUGAAGGAUUGAUGGAAUUGAAUGGAAGCUCUUCUCAAUUAAUAAUAAUGCUAUUUAAAAAUUUCAUGUUGAAUCAGAAUGUCAUACUUUCUGUGAAAGGAAUUACUAAGAAUGUCCAUGAGGUGUCAGUGGAGAAAUGUUCCGAGAAUGGGACAGUCGAUGUAGCUGAUAAGCUGGUGACGUUUGGACUGGCAAAAAACAUCAUACCUCAAAGGCAGAGUGCUUUAAAUAAAGAAGAGAUGUAUAGGAUGAAUUGCUGCUGCACAGAGUUACAGAAGCAAGUUGAAAAACAUGAACACAUUCUUCUCUUCCUCUUAAACAAUUCAACAAACCAAAAUAAAUUUAUUGAAAUGAAAAAACUGUUAAAAAGUUAAAUA